UCAAAAGUCACAAAAUUUUUUCCACCACUCUACACACACGUCCUCACCCACACUCCUUCAAUCCUCACAAAUUAAUCCAAACAAGAGUAAUCAAUUCAACAUGCCAUGGCUCUAAAAGUUAAUCCUUACCAUUAUUAAACUCUAAUUCAAGCUUGAUUUCUCCUACCUUUCUCCCUUUAGUCAGCCGAACCUCCUCCUUCUUUUAAGGAAGUUGGGAAUCUUGCAAGGAUAGGGUGAUUUAAGCUUUGUAUGCAAGGGUGAGUGAAGUUGAUGAUAGUUUCUAUUUUGGUUGCUAAGAUCAAAGUUUGAAGUAAAAGCUCAAGUUGGGGAAGCUUAUUCUAGUAAGAGUUAUUUUAAACAAGGAAUGGAUUCAGAAAACGCGUUUGAAGGUUGGAAUUUUAUGCUGAAAAUUUGCCUACGGGUUUGGCUUGGAUUUGUCCGAAAUAAGCUAAAACGUGAAUUUAAAUUGGGGGAAUGGUUCCGGAACUUAAUAUAUAUGUUCAAAGGGUUGAAUAAGUGUUUGUUUUGAAGUUGAAAUACAUAAAGUUAGAAGCUGACGUAAAAAAGCCGCAAUAAACUGUUUUGCAGAAAAGCAACUAUGAAGCUGACAAGAGUUUAUUUGAGACUUAAAUGGUGUAGAUAAUUUAGGAAAAUGUCAAGGUGAGUUCCUUAGUUAGUUAACUCUCCCUUUGGGUAGUUUGAAUCAUGUCAUUGAAAUGGUGCUAUUUACUUUUACUCAAUACAAUCGAGGUUUUAAUGGUUAUGCAAAGUCAUGUUAAUGUGAAUGAAAUUUUAUAUGAUACGAAUGUUAUGAAAGUAUUGAUCAUGUGAAUUGGUUCUAGCAUUAAAACACUAAUCAAGACAAUUGAUGUAUAUACUUAUAGAAAUGAUUUGAAAUAAAAAUUGAAAUGAGUAACAUGCUCAAAGGAAAAAAAGAAAAGAAAAGAAAAAAGAAAAAAAAACAAAUGCGAAAAAUCCGUUUGCUACAACGAAGAGAUAAUAAAGCCUAUGAGGUACGGCUCAUAGUAAAAAAUGUGAAAACUCCGUUUGCUACAAUGAAGAGAUAAAUAUGCACACAAUGAAAUGUAUAAUUAAUGGCAUUAACUUUAAGUUUAGAAUUAUGAUUAUGAGUAUGUGUAUGAAUAAGAAUAUGACAUUAUGAUAGAGUCAUGAUAGUAUUCUAGGUAGCGAUCCUAGUUAUCCUGAUCGCUCAGUUAUGUAUGAUAAAGACUGUAUAAACCCGAAAUGGGUUGAGAUUAAAACAUAUGGCGAUCCUAGGUUCCCUGAGAUUGCCUACAACCUAGGAUAGGUGGAACUCACUGAGACAUCCUGUCUCACCCCAAUCCCUUUUAUUUAUUUUCAGAUAUUCAGGUUACUAGACGACAGAACUGUUCGUGAUGAAGAAGCAGAAGUCGCUGGACCAUAUAAAGUUCAUGUCAAUGGUAUUACUCCAGAGGUUAAUUUGCCUUGGAACCAUUCAAAGUUACUGUACUCCAGGGAAGAAAAAAAAAAAGCAAAACAUCAUACUAGGAUUAUGUACAAAUGAUCCAAGCAUCGUAAUUGCAAGGUAGCAGCCUAGAAAUAUGAGAUGAGAGUGAAAUGGCAGAAACUGCAGUAUCGUUUGUCCUGGGGGAAGUGUUCCAGUUCCUAAAAGAAGAAACAAAUCUUCUGAGAAGUGUACACAGAGAUUUUUCAGACAUCAAAGAUGAACUUGAGAGCAUUCAAGUCUUCCUCAAAGAUGCAGACAGAAGGGCUGCGGAUGAAGCAGACACUAACGAUGGAAUAAGAACUUGGGUGAAGCAGCUGAGAGAAGCAUCAUUUCGCAUUGAAGAUGUCAUUGAUGAAUACCUUCGGCUAAUGCAUAGGGCCAAUCCUCCUAGAUGCGGAUCUUUAGUCGGCAAGAUUGCAAGGCAAAUCAAAACUUUGAUUCCCCGUCAUCAUAUAGCAUCUGAAAUUCAGGACAUUAAAUUAUCAAUUCGUGGAAUCAAGGAAAGAAGUGAGAGGUAUAACUUUCAAAUUUCACACGAACAAGGAACUUCAAGCAGCAUUAGCAUAGGAGAGAGAGAAAAUGGAAAAUGGCAUGAUCCUCGACUGUCUUCUCUUUUUAUUGAAGAAACAGAAGUUGUUGGUAUUGAAGUCCCAAAAGAAGAACUGUCUGGUUGGUUAUUGGAUGGUGAAGCUGAGCGCACGGUGAUAUCCGUGGUAGGAAUGGGAGGCCUAGGAAAAACCACUCUUGCCAAGCUAGUUUUUGAAAGCAAAAAGGUAUCAGCACACUUUGAUUGUCGUGCUUGCGUCACAGUUUCUCAAUCUUACACUGUGAGAGGUUUGUUGAUAAACAUGAUGGAGCAAUUCUGUCGGAGUACUAAAGACUCUCUUCUGCAGAUGUUACACAAAAUGGAUGACCAGUCACUAAUUAUAGAAGUGAGGCAAUACCUGCAACAUAAGAGGUAUUUGAUAUUCUUUGAUGACGUAUGGCAAGAAGAUUUUGCGGACCAGGUUCAAUUUGCCAUGCCAAAUAACAAUAAAGGUAGUAGGAUUAUCAUCACCACUAGAAUGAUGUAUGUUGCAGAUUUUUUCAAAAAAUCCUUUCUAACUCAUAUUCACAACCUGCAACUUUUGCCUCCAAACAAAGCAUGGGAACUUUUCUGCAAGAGAGUAUUUAGAUAUGAGCUUGGUGGACAUUGUCCAUCAGAACUUGAGGCUGUGUCAAAAGAAAUUGUUCAAAAGUGCAGGCAGCUACCUCUAGCAAUUGUAGCUAUUGGUGGUUUACUUUCAACAAAAUCUAAAACAAUGAUUGAAUGGCAAAAGGUGAGUGAAAAUCUGAGUCUGGAAUUAGGACGUAAUGCCCAUUUAACGUGUCUAGUAAAGAUUCUAUCACUUAGUUAUGAUGGACUUCCUUAUUACUUGAAACCAUGCAUUUUGUAUUUUGGUUUAUACCCAGAGGACUAUGCAAUUAAUCAUAGGAGAUUAACUCGACAAUGGAUAGCUGAAGGGUUUGUAAAAUUGGAAGAGAGAAGAACUCCAGAGCAAGUUGCAGAAGAGUACUUGUCUGAAUUGAUUCAGAGAAGUUUGGUUCAGGUCUCAAAUGUUGGCUUUGAAGGAAAAGUUCAAACAUGUCAAGUCCAUGAUUUAAUGCGGGAAUUGAUCAUUAGAAAAAUGAAGGAUUUAAAUUUCGGUCAUUGCAUGCAUGAAGAUAGUGAAUCAGUUGCACUUGGAAGAACUAGACGCCUAUCUAUAGCCACUAAUCCCAACAAUGUGUUCAGGAGCACUAAUAAUUUACAAUUUCGGGCUAUUUAUGUGUUUGAAGAAGAUGGAUCAUUGGAGCAUUUCAUGGGUAAAGUUUGUUCGCAGUCAAGAAUUUUGAAGGUCCUUGACAUUCAAGGGACGUCGUUGAAUCAUAUCCCUAAAAAUUUGGGGAAUCUUUUUCACUUGCGGUACAUUAACCUAAGGAAUACAAAUGUAAAGGCUCUUCCUAAAUCUAUUGGUGAGUUACAUAACUUAGAGACAUUGGAUUUAAGAGAAACACUAGUGCAUGAGAUACCUAGUGAAAUAAACAAGCUGACAAAGUUACGGCAUCUGCUUGCUUUUCAUCGCAACUAUGAACAAAAAUAUUCUGCUUUGGGCUCUACAACUGGCGUGCUGAUUGAAAAAGGUAUUAAAAACAUGAUUUCCCUAAAAAACCUUUAUUAUGUGGAGGUAGAUCAUGGGGGAGUAGAUCUCAUUGAAGAGAUGAAAAUGCUAAGGCAGUUAAGGAAGUUAGGUUUAAAGCAUGUAAGAAGGGAACAUGGGAAUGCCAUAAGUGCUGCAGUACAAGAGAUGCAACACCUUGAAUCACUUAAUAUCACUGCAAUAGAAGAGGAUGAAAUUAUUGACUUAAACUUUGCGUCAACCCCACCAAAACUUCAACGGCUCCAUUUGAAAGCUAGACUAGAGAAGUUUCCUGAUUGGAUUCCAAAAUUUGAGUGUCUUGUUCAGAUUUGUCUGGCUUUAUCCAAGCUGAAAGAUGAUCCGUUGCAGUCACUGAAAAAUUUGCCAAAUCUUCUGAAGCUCAAUUUGUUGGAGAAUGCCUUUGAUGGUGAAAUUUUGCAUUUUCAAAAUGGAGGAUUUCAAAUAUUGAAAGAACUGAUUCUCAGUCACUUGAAUAGACCAAAUUCUAUCCUUAUAGAGAAAGGAGCUUUGCUCUCUCUUGAAAAUCUUAAAUUGGAAAGGAUCCCCAAACUAAAGGAUGUGCCUUCUGGCAUCAAACACUUGGAUAAGCUCAAAGUCAUUGACUUAGUUGAUAUGCCAGAUGAAUUUGUUAAGAGCAUUGAUCCAGACGGAGGACAAGACCAUUGGAUUAUAAACCAUGUUCCUAUUGUGUUCAUUCGUCAAUGGUUUGGCCCAAAAUACUAUGAUUAUGAGGUUCGCACUAUUAACUCAUCCACCAAAGAAGUCCUGAGAGAUGAGAAUGCUAAGGUGUCUAGCUAGCUUCAAAAGAAAAAGGUGGACAGAAAUUCAGAUUCUCCAUUUACAGCUCAAAGAUGACGUAAUUUGUUCUUCACUCUAUCUAUGAUGCUUGAAUACAAAAUAUUUCCUUCUUGCCAUGCAAUUGUCAAGGAAAAUGUGGAUUUAAUUCAUCAAGUAACUUCGGCUUUUCUUUUUUAAUUUUCUUAUUUAGGGUGUUGUAACUUAGUAUGUUAUUAUAAUAUGGCUGUAGAACCUUUCAUUCAAAACCUUGUAAUCACAACCUAUACACGGACUCCAUUCAGACGUCAUUUUGAAGUUUCUGUCCAUGUAAUAAUCAAAAUAUCCUCAUUUGAAUGAAUAUUUUUAUUUUGCUAACCAA